GUUUCAAAUCUUGAUUUCGUCUUUAUUUAAUCAGGGGAGUAUAAAAGUUUCUUAAACCUUAAUGUGAAUCAUACUCUCGUCUCGACCUUCGAGUACCUAACGGCCCUCCUACCCCCCACAACCAAAUGAACGUUUCAAUGUUCAACGGCACAAUCCACGCCCCCCAAAAGUAAGAAAAAGAAACCAAAGAAAGCGAGUACAAAAGAACAUUCGUCUAUUCUAAUGUAAUAAAACCAUCACUUUCAUUCAUCACACUUUCUUACACACAAACAACACCAAAUCAAAACACAAAGAAAUUCAAAUUCAAAAACCACUCCACUUUUUUCAAUUCCCAAAAUACCCUUUUACUCAAUUCACAGCUUGCUUCUACUUCUACUCAGCUGUUACGCGUCUCUCUCUUCACUAUUUCUUCCCUCUUUCUCUCUCUUCAAGCUCCAAACCCAUUCAUCAAUGGCGGCCAUUACUUCACCCCUUCUUCUUCUCCUUAUUUUCUCUCUUCUCUCUCUCUCUUCCGCCCAACCACCCGCCGCACCACCCCCAUCUUCCGAUACUUGCAACGGUAUAUACCUAACAUACACCUACAACUCCGGCAAAAAACUCCACCCCAUCUUCAAAACCCCUUCAAAACAACCUUUUAGCUUCAAAUCAACUCUCACAAUCAUUAAUAACGACGAAGUUGAACUCAAAUCUUGGAGGGUUUUUGUCGGAUUUCAACAUAAAGAGGUCUUGGUCUCUGCUUCGAAUGCUGUCGCCGCCGCCGGCGCGACUUUUCCGGAGGUUGUCGGAGAUGAGGGGGCAAUUUUUGGUGGGUACCCACAAGCGGAUCUUAAAACUGGGAUUCAAACUGCUGGUGAUUCUGAACAAACGACUGUUAAAGUUGAAUUUCAGGGGACUCAAUUUGGGGUUGCUCCUCCUAAUGUUCCUUUGCCUACUAAUAUUUCUCUUGUUAAUGAUGGUUAUAAAUGCCCUAAACCUACUAAGGCUGGAAAUGUCACCUUGAACACUUGUUGCACCCGAGAUCCAGAUUACAAACCGAAAAUGACCGUAAAAGACGAGUUUUUGCCUAGGCAAAAUGGUGAUCUGACAAUCAUGUAUGAUGUGACAAAGUCUUAUGAAGGGAGCUACUGGGCUCAAGUUACUAUGACUAACCAUAAUCAACUAGGCCGUCUGGAUUAUUGGAAGUUAAGCUGGAAUUGGAUGAAUGAUGAAUUUAUUAAAGACAUGAAAGGUGCUUAUCCUGAUGUUGUUGAUGCGAAUGAUUGUAUGAAUGGCCCCCAAUCUGUGCAAUACCAAGGCCUUGAUUGGUCCACUGUGCUGAACUGUUAUAGAAGGCCAACAAUUGUUGAUCUUCCUCCACAAUACGCCAAUGACACCACCCUUGGAAAGAUACCAAAUUGUUGUCGUAAUGGUACAAUUUUGCCACCAGGGAUGGAUGAAAGCAAAUCUGUCUCUUCAUUCCUGAUCCAGGUUAAUAAAAUGCCUCCACAGAUGAACCAAUCUACUGUAGAGCCGCCUCAGAACUGGCAGAUUAAAGGCAUUCUCAACCCAACUUACACAUGUGGGCCACCUGUGCGAGUCAGCCCAAGUGAGUUCCCAAGCGCAAAUGGUCUACCAAUAAAUACGACUGUUUUUGCCAGUUGGCAAGUUGUUUGCAAUAUCACCAAGCCUAAGAACACCCCUCCUAAAUGCUGUGUCUCAUUCUCAUCGUACUUCAAUGACUCUAUUGUCCCUUGCAAAACGUGUGCUUGUGGCUGUCCCAAAAACACUGGCAAGACCUGUAGCACAACUGCUCCGGCUAUGUUUCUUCCUCCUGAGGCUCAGCUAAUCCCAUUUGAUAACCGUACUAAGCUAUCCGUUGCUUGGGCUCAAUUAAACCACCGCCCCAUACCAAACCCACUUCCGUGCUCUGAUAAUUGUGGUGUUAGCAUCAACUGGCAUCUAUUCACAGAUUUCAACAAAGGAUGGAGUGCAAGAGUCACAAUUUUCAACUGGGAAGAAACAGUCUUUGCUGACUGGUUUGUUGCUGCUGAAAUGAAAAAUGCUGCUGCUGGUUUUCAAAAGGCUUAUUCAUUUAAUGGUACCGUUAUGGGUGAUGACAACACGACCAUUUUCAUGCAAGGUAUUGAGGGAUUGAACUAUCUUAUGGGAGAGACUAAUGGCACCAAAAUAUCAGAUCCGCGGGUUCCUGGUAAACAACAAUCAGUUCUUUCCUUUACCAAGAAACCUACUCCAGGAAUCAGAGUUGCAGAGCGAGAUGGUUUCCCUACCAAAUUUUACUUUAAUGGAGAAGAAUGCUCUCUUCCAAGCAUUCUUCCUAUCAACAGUGGGUAUCGGAAGGGUCCGUUGACAUUAAUUCCCGUUCUUGUUGCGAUUCUGGCUCUCAUCUUUACCCAGUAAUGACUGAAGAAUGGGGGAUUUGCUCAGAUUUUUGUAGCUGCUGCUGCUUAUUCUUUCAUUCUUUUGUGAUUAGGUCAACGUGUGCUGACUGUUGGCCUAUGUGACUGAACUGCAUCCACAGUUUAACUGCAGAAUGCUGAUAGUAGCAGGUUCGGUUGAAAGGAAUAUAUGUGCAAUGUUAUUGAUUGUUAGCUAAUUAGAUUACUGUAGUACAUAAAUAUAUUGAUAUACAAACAUGUGAAACAUAUUGCUGUAAUUCUAUAUUUUGGGUUUUUAAUUUAUCAUUUCUUGAUUUCUCA